AUGGAAGAAGAGGCUGAGUUUUUCGGAUUUGCACCAGCCUCGUUCAUAUCUGAGCUGCAAAUGGAGAUAGAGAAUGUGCUGGCAGAUGGGAUCAGCAGGCUAUGCGAGCUGAAGAGAGGAAAGAUGCAGAGGAUGUCUGAUGUCUUGCUUGAGAGUUUCCGCAGGAAUUACUUUAUAUUUUCGAACUUUGUGCUGCGCAACAUUGUGUGUUUUCCUGAUGGGUUUGAGAUGGAAAGAAGGGCAAGCGAGGAGGUUGUUGUGGCUGAUAUGCAGCAGAUAACUGACGAGCUGAUGGCGAGUUUCUUGGAAGAGGAGAGGCAGCAGGAGGAGUUUGAUGGCUUGAGAGAGGACCUGGAGGUUGAGGAGUACCGGAAGGAGAUGUUUUGCAAGAUGAUGAGGUGCUCUGAGCCAGUGAAGGAGCUUGUGCAGAGCAUUAGAGCAACCAAGGACGAGCUUGAGGCGAUCAAACAGUUGCAAAGCAGGCUUGGGGUGUUUGGUGCAGGAGACGAUGGGUUUAGCCGAUUGUUAGAGUACAGAGAGAUCAGAAGCAACUUUGCAAGGAAGGAGCGAGAUGAUCUACUUAUGAUUGGAAAUGCAGAGGUGUUUGCCAUGAUGAAUGAGAGCAUAAAUAAAUGCGAUAUUUGA